GUCCAGUUGCUACGCGCCAGUGUAGAAACCGGAAUUCCUUCCCCUUGUUCUGUGUGUGCCGAGUGUAAAGAACCCGCUGUUGCAAUUUGCCGGGAUUGUGGACCACAGGCAUACUACUGUGCCAACCAUGUGGACUCAGUACACUCUCUGACAAAUAUUUUUCAUCGACCUUUUCUCUGGAAAGUAUGCACUAAUCAAACAUACUGCUGUACAUUUUUGUGAUUAUUAAAUGCAUGCGAUCUGAUUUUACAGAAUGGAAUGCUUCACCCAUACUAUUUCAAGCAGUCGAGAACCUUUCCAGCACUUCAUUGUUGCUGUACAACUUACAUAAAAGAAGUUGUUUGUCUUGACCCUAAAGGUUUCCAGCAUUGUGUGUGCGUAACCUUCUGCAAGUGUGAGCCUGAGGCUGUUACUCUUGUGCGGCAUAACAUGUGGCCAGCGACACCAGCAACUCCCACCCUAGCAUUUCAUCAGGAUCUGCUACUAUGGAUGGAGUCACUUUUGCUGGAAGGGUGUAUUGGUGUCGAUGCUUUUUGUCGUUCUCUUGAAUACAAAAUUGGAAGAGAUAUCAGCAAACAACUCCGGAAGAUCUAUCCUGUCAUGAUUGAUGCAUUUGAAGAAUAUAGGUAGGGUAUAUUAAUUGUGAAAGAACAUAAUACGACAUAUUCACAUUAACAUUCAGGUUCAACAGAAUGAUAUCAACUCGACUGUCUUCUAUUUUUGUCUCCUGACUUGAACACUACAGCUAUCUGCCCUGCCUGUCCUCAGAGCAAUGGAACUCAAAUUAUAUCCAUGGAUGGUGUAUUUGGACUAUGUCGGAAAAAGUCUGCUGGUGUUAGUGUUCGACCACCACUCUUCUCUGGUGUAUUCUUUGAGGAACAGCAAGCAGUAGAUGAGUUUGUUGCUGAUUAUGAUACAUUUGGCCAGAUAAUCGACAAGGGGUGUCAUGAGUUCCUCGCUGGAGACACUUUGCGCUCCAAAUCAAGGUACGCAGCUCUAGAUGAAACUGCCGUGUUUGGAAGCAUCUGUCGUCAUGAGUUUCCCCAAAGAUUUCUGAAUAUGAAGCAUGGAGAAAGACUAGCAUAUCCUGUGUACCUGCUAAAGAAGGCACACCAAAACAAGGGUGACAAGUGUCUGUUGUUACUGUAUGAUAUUGCCUGCUUACUCGAAACUCAUCUGAAGAAUCGUGGACAUCUUGACAUGUUAGAAAAGACAACAUUAGGAGUGCCAAUUUUUCAUGUCUAUGGGCAUUGUGCAUUCUGUCAGCUGACAUAUUCACCUAGAGUCCUAACUGGAUGCGGACUUACUGAUGGUGAAGCUAUGGAGAGACUGUGGUCAUAUCUAAGAAGAUUUGCUAAAUCCACCAAAGAAAUGCGACCAUCUCAUCGCAUUGAUGUCCUUACCUCAGCUCUAUUAUGCAUCAAGAGGGCAUCGUUAGUCAAAAGGCUGAAGAACGCCCAAAACACUCAACAUAGUGCAACAGAGGACUUAUCAAAGCUAAUCAAUGAGUCAAAUGGUACACUGACGGAGUCAUCAGCUGAACAAUUGCAGAAACAACAACACGGGCUGUUCGCAAGGAGUCAAACUGAUCUGAGUUUCGGGCAACGUCACAAAACCUUUCAGAAUAUCCUUCAUAUUGCUCGCGAGCGUAGGUUUUUAAUAUCUACCAAAGCGAGAUACGCUGAUGGUCAAUCGAUUGCUGCACGCCUUGCAAAGAAGAUAUCAUCAAGUACGAGUACGCUGAAACGAACAGUGAGCAGAUUUAAUGGUAUGCGUCAUGAUCAAUUUGAAGGAGUAGCAUACCAUCUGCCAGCCAAUUUGAAUUGGGAGACAGUUUCCAAUUUGGAAGAAUUGUCUACGUUGGAGGUCGCGUCGGCUGGAAAUUGUACCAUUCCCAUUCAUUUGUGGAUAAAAGUUGUGAGAGCGUGUAAUAUGAAGGAAAGGGCAACGGAAGAAGUGAAGAUGAUAAUGGAAGAAAUUAAUACUGUUGCCAACAACCUGAAAUACGAGCAUUCCGUAAUAAGUCGUCAUAUACAGGAUAUCGCCACAUCUGAUAGUCUGUCUCUGUUUCAGAAAGGUUGCCUUAACCUUUUGCAUCGAAGAUUAUUACUUUGCGAAUCUUAUUUAAUUACGUUUUCCAGAACAGUUAACCAGUAUCAUACUGUAGAGCUACCUGAUACGAGCUUAUUAGGUCCAGAUGGUUCAUUUUUUUACAAUUGUCAAAUUAAUUCAUGAACAUGAUUACCCUUCCGUUACUGAUAUUAUUUGUACAGACAGUAGUAGUGAUGAUGAUUCUGACGUGGACAAUUGAACACUUAUCUUUUUUAUGUACUUUAAUUAAUAAUUUAUUAAUCACACUUUAAUUAAUUAGCUAUAGGCAGUCAUUAUUUCUUAAACAUCAAUGCCUUUUAUAAAUUGAA